AUGGGCGACACAUUAAACCAAAAUGCCACUCCAAACUCUUUUGUGCGUCCUCAGUAUUUUUUCAUCACUGGUUUUUCUAACAUACCUCAUGCUCAGUACUACUUCAUAUUCUUGUGUUUGGUUUAUGUGGUCACUGUCUUGGGAAACUCUUUUGUCACACUCAUUAUUUAUGUAGAUCGUUCUCUUCAUACCCCAAAAUAUAUGGUUAUUUUUACAUUAGCUGUAGCUGACUUGGGUGAGAGUACUGCUGUUUUUCCUAAUGUGAUUAAUGUCUGUUUGCUAAAUAUACAUCAAAUAACGUAUGAGGCCUGUGUGUCUAACAUGUUUUUUAUAUAUUUUUUUAGUUCAGUGCAGUCUGUCAUGCUUACUGUUCUGGCAUAUGACAGGUUUGUAGCAAUUUGCUUCCCACUGAGAUACCACAGCAUUGUCACAAACUCAUCAAUGGGCAUUAUUCUCACUGUGGGAUGCAUAUUUAAUUUUCUGUUUGUGAUGACUACAAUGCUAUUGGUUACUAGGCUGUCUUUCUGUAAAUCCAUAGUGAUUGAUAGCUAUUUCUGUGACCACGGGCCUCUAUACAGACUGGCUUGCAAUGAUAACCUGCCGAGCUAUAUCAUGGUAAUGUUAUUCACAACGUUACAUUUUUUUCUACCAUUGUUUCUGAUUUUCUUAUCUUAUGUAUGUAUUUUGUUGGCGCUGUUUAAAAUUGCAUCAUGGGAAGGACGUCUAAAAGCCUUAAAGACCUGUUUUUCCCACCUAAUAUUAGUGUCAGCCUAUUAUUUUCCAAUAUUGGGCAUUUACAUAGGUGCAAUGGCCGGCUCUAUCCAACGAAAUGCAAGGAUAAUUAAUAUAUCGCUUUCAUAUGCCAUUCCUGCCAUGUUGAACCCCAUUGUGUAUUCUCUGAAUACUGCUGAGAUAAAGGAUUUUGUAAAAAGAAGUUUCAGAAGAAAAACAUACAAAAACACAGUAACUACAACAAAUAAUUAG